GUCAGAAACGAAUACAUCGAUCGUUUUACAACGCUGAACCUCAAAAGGCAAGUUUUAAAGCACUUUUACUAAAUUGUUAGUCACACAUUGAAAAAUAAAGAAAACUCGUGACAACGUAGAUUCGCAGGAAGCAAUAAAUUAUCUAGCCGAGUGUCUAGCAGUCGCGGCGAGAGUAUCACUCUUACUGUUAGUGCCAUAACCAGCUGGCAGUGUGUUUCGGUGUAUCUAGGUCUGUUUACAAGCUAACCAAAAUGGCUGUCCAACUGAAACCAGAACACAUCCAUCUGCUGAACCAAAUAGCAAAGAAGGAAAACAUGGAGAAUUUCAUAAUGGAAACUAAGACGAUGGACCAAGAAGGAUAUUUAUCCAGAAUUGUCCUAGUAACCAUGAAGGAUGGGAGAAAGCAGCUAGAUUUAGCAGUGAAGUUACGACACUCAACUGGGUUCCAAAAUUUCGAGACUGCAAUAGUGUAUAAAGUGGAAAUAUUUAUGUAUGAAACUGUUUUUGAUGUGUUUGAAAAAUUCACUCGUAAUUCGGGCAUGAAAAAUCUAACUUUGAACGUUCCAAAAUACUACGGAAGGCACGAAUUGGACUGUUUAGUUAUGGAAAACCUUAACGUAAGUGAAUAUAGAUUGUGGAACAGGAAGGUACCUAUGAACUCUGAGCACCUAAGUUUGGUUAUGAAAAGUUAUGCAAAGUUACACUCAGUAUCAUUUGCAAUGAAGAAUAAAGAACCAGCGCAGUUUGCGGAGCUCGUCAAAGGUUUGCUAAAAUGUCGAGAUAAUGAAAAUUUGCAAGCUUAUGCCGACUUCUUUAAAAAUGCCCUACAAGCGGGUUUUAUCGCGUCCAAAGGAAGUGCAAGAGCGUCAGGGAUCAUGGUAAAGUUACAAGAAAAGAUGCCGAAAAUAGAAGAAAUAUUCAAGUUUGACCUAGACAGUCAUGUUUUGGUCCAUGCAGAUUGCCAUCCGAAUAACAUGAUGUUCAAAUAUGACAGUUCUAAAAAUCCACUCACUGUUUCACUCAUUGACUGGCAAAUGGUUAGACUAUCAACACCAGUCCUUGACCUUGCAUACUUUCUUCUCACUUGUAGUUCAAAAAAUGAUCUUGAUAAUUACAAAAAGUACCUGAAGCUCUACCAUGACGAAUUAUCCAGGAAUUUGACCGAAAUGUCAUGUAAUCCAGACGAGAUAUUUCCAUAUAGUCAGCUGGAGCUGCACUGGCAGAAAUGUUCAAUCAUUGGAAUGUACACAGCACUACUGGUAAUCAAACUGAGCCUGUUUGAGAAAAGUGAGAUAGGCCACGAAGAAGAGGGGGGUGACUUCUACAAACAAUUCUCAAUAGACCAGAUAAAUGCAGAUGAGUACAAAAAGAGAAUCCUUGAUGUGUUGUUCUUCAUGGAAGAAAAACAUUUGGUGUAAAGUGGUGUGUGGCCUAGAUCAUAUCAUGUAUAAAAAUGUGUAAUAAUUACAUACCACAUUUUAAUCACUAUUCACACCUAUUACUGAAGUAUAACAAUAAUAUGUCAUACUUUAAAUCGUGUUUCGUUAACUAGUUAGACUUCAAAUUAGUUAAAUUCACAAAUUUAAUCAUUCUAUAGACUAUGUUAUUAAAAAAUAUCGGGUGCAUGAAAUUUAUUGGUUUGUCGAACGGUAGAAUCUGUAUUGUAAUAUACCUGUGCGUAUUUAACUAUAUUAAACAAAAAAAAAACAGUAUUAUUUGUAACUCAGUAGUUCUGAUAUGUACAUCUAUAAGCAAAUAUAAAAGUCGAUUGAUAUUAACCACUAAAGAUUCAGAAAAAUAUAUAAAGGGUGUCCUUUUUAAGUUUUCUGUUAUGUAUCAUUUUUCUUAAAUUUAAAAUGUACUGUGAAUGACUUCAUUUAACUGUGCUUAUGAUUUUUAUGCCUCAAGUUCUGGCUAAACAAUAAAGAAAAAAGCAUUUAUCUCACUAGACUUGACCAAAAUAAGCUCGGUACUUAAAAAUUCCGGAGAAAUCAGAAAAAUCAUUACUCCUUAAAUAAAAAAAUUGGAUCUUAUUCAGUAGGCAAAAGAGAGAGACUGUUCUCUUGAAAGGACAACCGGCAAGCUUAAUGUAUUUGUAUAUACCUGUAUAUUAUCAGUAUUUGAGUAUAUUUUAUGCUAUUAAAGUAUAUAUUUUCAGAAUUA